GAGUCCAGUCAAGUUGGAGUCUUCUUCGCCAUUCAGACAGUCAGAUGCUCACUCCUGUCUUAUCUUCUCUAUGGCUUCGGCUAAGACAGAGCGUGAGGCUCCUUUCUCACUGGACUCCUACUAUGUUUCAGAGAAACUGGGGUUUGUGCUUCCAGACCCUCUGGAAAAUCUUCCUUCUUAUUACCAGCCAUGGAUGGAUAUUGCCCUGCGUUUGCCAGAGCUUUUGCACAGUAAUGAGCUGCGGUCUCAUGUUAACAAGAUGCCUUUGCUGAGCACCAGGUUCCUCAAAGACCACAGAGAGUUACGGCUUGCCCACCUGGUCCUUAGCAUGAUUACCAUGGGCUAUGUGUGGCAGGAAGGUGAAAACAAUACUGUUGAGAUGCUGCCAAGGAACCUUGCCGUUCCUUACUGGGAGGUGUCACAGUGCUUAGGGCUUCCCCCAAUUCUCACCCAUGCAGAUGCAGUAUUAGCUAACUGGAAGAGAAAAGAUCCAGAGGGACCUUUUGAUAUGGAGAACCUGGAGGUGCUGGUCAGAAUCCCAGGUGGUGACAGUGUCAAAGGUUUUUUCUUGGUCACUCUGCUGGUGGAGCUUGCAGCAGUCCCGGCAAUAAGGAGCAUUCCCACGGUCAUCAAUGGUGUCAGGUGUGGUCACAUGGAAGCUGUGGCCAAAGCACUGGAGAACAUCAGCCAGUCUAUACAGGACAUGAAUGAUGCACUUAAACUGAUGCACGGCUGUGAUGAAUGUUAUUUUCCCUCAGUGUAUGUGGACCCUUCAGUCUUCUACGGCGAUAUGAGGAUCUACCUGUCUGGGUGGAAGGACAACCCCUCUAUGCCAAAGGGGCUUGUUUAUGAAGGUGUCCAGACUGAACCGAUCAAAUAUUCUGGAGGAAGUGCUGCACAAAGUAGUGUGUUGCAAUGCUUUGAUGAACUACUAGGAGUCAAACAUGAAGACAAAAGUCGUGCCUUUCUAACUUGCAUGAGGAGCUAUAUGCCACCUGCCCACAGGAAACUGAUCCAGGAUAUAUCUGUGCAACCAUCGCUGAGGGAUUUUGUCCAGCAGCAGGCCAAUGAUUACCUAAACAAGGUCUUUGAUGUCUGCGUGUCAAAAUUGUUGGCCUUUCGCAGCUACCAUAUCAAUGUUGUGAGCCGCUUCAUCACUGUCCCUGCUGCCCGAGCUCGACAACUGCGCAAGAACAGCCAGGACUCGGAGGGGGAAAUAGUCAGCAGAGCCCCCAUAUCACUGGAGGACAGAGGCACCGGUGGCUCUGGCAUCAUGACCUUCCUAAAAACUGUGAGGGAUAAAACAGAAGUUAUCUUCUUGCCUCAAACAAGUCAGAAUGACAGUUGAUGAGAGCUGUUAUCAAUGAAGAUACAAAUAAAAUCAAGUCUGAUUACUGUAAAAAGAGAAUUUUGUAUGAUUAUAAACUUGUUACCUUUCCCAAAA